AGCCGGGGCUCACAGCGGUUGGCAGCACGGCAACCGCACCGGCGAUAUUUGGGGCCCGGCCUCGCGGCAGAGGCUGGCCAGCCAUGGCUGGCGAGCUGCCGCCGAGCCCCUCCUCAACACUGCCGUACAACCUGCUCGAUGAUGUGGAUCAGGACGAAGUGGAGCCUGCCCCGGGCCUGCCACGGCCGCCCCGAGCGAAACAGCUGAGCUCAGAGUUCUUGCGGAACCUGGGCACCAGUGAGUGGGAGUGGAAAACUUCAGCGAAGGACUUCAAGCCUGGCGGUUUGGACGCUGGAGGGACCUUGAGCUCCUCAGGUUCGACGUUUGGAGGCUCUCAUGCUCACUCAGGCUUCUGCCGCUCGCCCCUGCUGGGCCCCAGCACUGGCAGCUCUGCAACUGAAUCCCCACCGCUGGAUCCUCGCAAUCAGGGUGGUCACUUGACGGUCAAUGACCUCGGUGCCUUUGACGCCUUGGACUUGAGCGGCUGUGUGGAGGAUCCUCAGGACUGCGAGGAACAGCUUCGCCUGAUGGAGCUGCUUGAAGGCCUUGAGCAGCAGAAGCAGCAGCUGCAGGCGCAGUGGGAGAUGGAACGAAAAGAGUUCAUCACUCAUGUCGGCUGUUGCCGCGCUGUGCUUCAGCGGUACUCCGUGCCUUUGGAAGAGGCAGAGGAGCUUGUGCGGAAGUUCAGUGCCAUGGCAGAGGCUGAAGAUCCGGAAUUGCUCGCCUACGUCAAUGAGCCGUGGGCGAGCGAGGCAUGGAGAUUCCCGCAAAUGUCAGCCUGGACGCCAGGAUUGGUGUCCGAUGACUUCGACCUGACUGGGCCCUCACGGCCUCCUGGCAUUGAGGAGGCUGAUAUGGGCGGAGCUGGAGCAGAAAGCAUUGCAUGCACCUUGAAGGCCCUCUUCCCCCAUGCAAAAGUGCAAGCGGGUUGUGAGGAGGCCAUGCAGCUAGGUGAGGAUGCCGACCAGGGCUGCUUGACAGACCCUGAGGUGCAGAGGCGGGCUCAGACCUUGCAGGAGAACACCAGGAGCGAGAUCGACGGGCGUGCCCUGUCCUCUUUGAGGAACCUGUCAGCCCUCAAUGCGCUGGAGGUUUUGCAGCGUGUUGAGGAACUGGUAGAAGCGCAAGGCGGAGUAUGCAGGAACCUCUCCUCUAUGCUGCAAUCAGUGUGCCGAAAGAUGGAGCGGAAGAUGAUCUCCGACGCCAAGGCGAAGGCUGCGGAGGUGCCUGCUGAGGUGAAGGCAGGAGAUGAGACAUCCAGGCAGAAGGAUGACAGCAAGGAAUACUGGACAGUCAAACGUAUCGAGAAGAUGGCAGAGCGAUGCUUUGAGACGUGGUAUGAAGGGGAUCGCUGGCGUCUCAAGCUGUCCAUGCCAGGAUCGGAGUCAGAUUUGUCUGACCUCGCGGUGGAGCGCUUCUGCUCUUGGUUGCGGCGCCGCCUCUCGGAGUUCAAGGAUGCUCAUGGAUCAAAGGUGCUUCGGCAGUGUCAGGCAGAGGUUGAUUUCGCACACUCUGGCCUGAGCGAUCACGGGCUAUGGCUGCUCCUGGACUGCCUGGGCCAGUUUGAGGUGCAAGCCGGAUACCUGAAACUCAACCAGAACAGGAUCACCGGAAAUGGUGUCCUUUCUUUGUGUGAGUUCAUCAAAAGCAACAAGCGUGCAGGGCAAGUCUAUGAGAUGCACCUCACGGACAAUCAGAUUGACGACUCGGGCGCCUUGGAGCUUUUGCGCACCAUGAAGGAUCUGAAGCACAGGUAUCCGCCGAAGCGGGAGGUGCCGGGCAAGAAUGGCUUGCAGCUUGUUCCGGUGUGGCUGCGGCUGGCCCGCAACAAGGUCAAUGCGGCAGCGUUGCUUCAGGCACUGUCUGUGGAGGGCAUCUCUUGGUGCGCGGCGCGGCAUGGCAGUGGCUGCAACCAUGGGAGGUGCACCAGGACGCAGUGCCCGCUGGUGCACCAUGAUCUUGACCAGGAGCGCAGUGCGAACUGGAAUGAGGAGCAGUAUGAGGAGGGCGAUCGCCGCGAUCGGUCGCGGCGGGGCCGGAAGGCCAAAGGCGAUUCCGUGCAGGACUGACAUCGCCUCCUGAUGGUGAGCUGCGCAUGAAUUCAGACCGAGGGCCCGUGCCCUGGGUGCCGAAAUCUGUGCUAUUGGCUGGUUGCAUCUCAGGCGAAGGCGAGUGGAUGCAAAGUGUAUGACAGGCCUGGGAUGCUGGUGCCACUCCCUCGCGCCCGAGAGGGCGGAACAAAAACGUGUCUUUGUGCAUGGCAGAUUGCAUGAUGCGUCUGAGUCAGUCAGGAGCCUUUGC